AUGACAGCACACCAAAUGGACUCGAUAGCGUACCCUAGUAGCGUCACCCAGCAAUACAUACAGCCACAAGGUUUAAGUCUACAGGAUAUUUCUGUUGUGGAGGAUGAAAUCCAAAAUAAAAUAGAAGCUGCCAGGCAGGAGAGUAAACAGCUUCAUGCCCAAAUAAACAAAGCCAAAUAUAAAAUACAGGAUGCAAGCUUGUUUCAGAUGGCUAGGAAAGUUGCAUCUUUGGCCAAGAGUAGAAUUAACUUAAAACCAAACAUGGUUCUAAAAGGUCAUAAUAAUAAAAUCUCAGACUUUCGCUGGAGUCGAGAUUCAAAACGUAUUUUGAGUGCAAGCCAAGAUGGUUUCAUGCUUAUAUGGGAUAGUACUUCAGGAUUAAAACAAAAUGCUAUUCCAUUAGAUUCCCAGUGGGUUCUCUCUUGCGCUAUAUCACCAUCGAGUAAUUUAGUAGCAAGUGCAGGUUUAAACAAUAACUGUACGAUUUAUAGAGUCUCGAAAGAAAACAGAGUGCAACAAAAUGUUGCAUCUAUUUUUAAAGGACAUACAUGUUAUAUUUCGGACAUUGAAUUCACAGACAAUGCACAUAUAUUGACAGCAAGUGGGGAUAUGACAUGUGCUUUGUGGGAUAUACCGAAAGCAAAGAGAGUAAGGGAAUAUUCAGACCAUCUAGGCGAUGUUCUAGCACUAGCCAUUCCUGAAGAACCAAACUCAGAAAUUUCCUCCAAUACAUUUGCUAGUUGCGGGUCAGAUGGGUAUACUUACAUUUGGGAUAAUAGAUCUCCAUCUGCUGUACAAAGUUUUUACGUUAACGAUAGCGACAUCAAUGCACUUCGCUUUUUUAAAGAUGGGAUGUCAAUUGUAACAGGAAGCGACAGCGGUGUAAUAAAUAUGUAUGAUUUGAGGUCUGAUUGCUCUAUUGCUACUUUUUCUCUUUUUCGAGGUUAUGAAGAACGAACUUCUACCCCUACCUAUUUAGCAGCUAACAUGGAGUAUAAUACUACACAAUCACCACAAACGUUAAAAUCAACAAGCUCAAGCUAUCUAGAUAACCAAGGAGUUGUUUCUUUAGAUUUUAGUGCAUCUGGAAGGUUAAUGUACUCGUGUUAUACAGACAUUGGUUGUAUUGUGUGGGAUGUAUUGAAGGCAGAGAUCGUUGGGAAAUUGGAAGGACAUGGUGGGAGGGUUACCAAUGUACGCUCUAGCCCGGAUGGAUUAGCUGUAUGUACAGGUUCGUGGGACUCGACUAUGAAGAUCUGGUCUCCAAGUUAUUCAUAG